CCAUUUUUAGGGCUCAUUUCCCAAUUUAUUUUCCUUUUCUCUUCCUCUCUUCCUCUCUUCCUUGGCCCAAAAAUCAUCCCAUUCCGGACUUUUCCCCUUUUUAUCCAUUUCAAUUUAAUUUCACCUCUCUCCUCCGAUUCAAAUCCGGCCUUCAUUCAUUUCCCAUUCUCUCUCUCCUCUUCUUCCCUUUCUCCCUCCCCCUCCCCACACUGUCGUCUCUCAGAGUCAGAGGUCAAAUAUUUGGCUGUUUUUUUUCCUCUUCUUUUCCCUCCUUUUGCUUUCCCUCUUCUCUCUUCUUCCUCUCCCCAUGCUUCUCGAUCUGUAGUUCAUUCUUCUCUCUCUCAAUUCUCCUCCUCACUCUCUAUUCCACUUCUGCUUCUUCUAACUUCUACUCUCAACUUCUGACCUUUUUACGCUAUGGACGGCGGUGCUCCGUACAAUCCACGUACUGUGGAAGAGGUGUUUAGGGAUUUCAAGGGCCGUAGAGCUGGUUUAAUCAAAGCUCUCACUACUGAUGUUGAAGAGUUCUACCAGCAAUGUGAUCCUGAGAAAGAAAAUCUUUGCCUUUAUGGAUUUCCGAGUGAGCAAUGGGAAGUCAAUUUACCUGCGGAAGAGGUGCCGCCAGAGCUCCCAGAACCUGCACUUGGCAUAAAUUUUGCUAGAGACGGGAUGCAAGAAAAGGACUGGCUAUCCUUGGUUGCGGUUCAUAGUGAUGUUUGGCUUCUCUCUGUGGCAUUUUAUUUUGGAGCUAGGUUUGGGUUUGAUAAGACAGAUAGGAAGCGUCUAUUUAAUAUGAUAAACGAUCUUCCAACAAUAUUUGAAGUGGUGACAGGGACAGCCAAAAAACAAGUUAAGGAUAAAUCAUCAGUUUCAAAUCAUAGCAGUAAUAAAUCUAAAUCAAAUUCAAAGCGGAGUUCUGAACCUCAAAUAAAAACUACCAAAGCUGUUCAGUCGAAGGACGAGGAAGAGGAAGGCGGCUUGGAAGAAGAAGAAGAGGAAGAACACGGAGAAACACUUUGCGGAGCUUGUGGAGAGAAUUAUGCAUCAGACGAGUUCUGGAUUUGCUGUGACAUAUGUGAGAAAUGGUUUCAUGGGAAAUGUGUGAAGAUCACUCCGGCAAGAGCCGAGCACAUUAAGCAGUACAAAUGUCCUUCUUGCAGCAACAAGAGAAUCCGACCCUGAUGCGGUUUACAUAGAGCAAGUGUGGUAUUUACUAGUAACAACUUCCGCUCCCUUCCCAAACCAAAGUUAAACAAAAAAGGGGAUAAAAAGAAAAAAAAAGAAAAGAAGAAAUGGAAUUCAAAGAUUGUUCCCCUUAGGAUCUCAGCGUAGACUAAUUGUGUAUUAGGAUUAGUUUAAACUUUAAAUUAGGACUAUGAUUAGGUUGGAAAUUUAUAUUCUAUGUCAUUUGUGGACAAACUCCUUUCUGUUUGUGUAUUGUAUGAAAACUAUGUCUUUUGUAUGUGUGUGUUAUAACGUGUUCUUGUUGAAAAGUUUAUAUUUGUCAGGA